AUGACAUCAACAACAAAAGUUGAUCGAGCAGUUCUCUUCUCACAAUGUGAGUUUUUCGUUGAUUAUCGGUCAAGUCAAACUGGAUGUGAUCGUUCUCUUCGCUUGGGACAAGAAUUAGAAUCGAAAUAUGGUGCAAAGAUUGUCGAACAUCCUUCGAAUACAACCACGACACAUAUUAUUUUCAAAAAUGGCAAUGUAGAAACGAAAUUAUUCGCGAAAAAAUACAAUAUACCUCUACUCGAUCCGAUGUGGUUAGAACAAUCGAUUCGAAAAAGACGACUAGUUAAAACGGACAAAUAUCAAAUCGAAAACGAUGAGAAUGUCCAACCGAUAGAUGUAUUUACAUUUGAUCGAUUAGCAAUUGCAAGUGACGAUUUACCGGCGCCAUCGACUCCAAAAAAUAAGCCGAAUCAACUCGGAAAUGCGAAUGUUGAUUCGGAAAAACGAACGAAAAAACUUCUUUAUACACCUGUACGAGGGGAAUUCGAUCAAGGCGACCCUCACGAAUAUUAUGAUCAUCAAAAGCGAAUCAUCACUUUGGAUAAUUUGGGAAUGGACUUACCAGACGACAAUCAUGUGUUAAUACAUCGAUAUGGAUGCAGUGUUGCUCGUCGACAGAUUCAGGAGAAACCAACUCCACAAAAAGAAUUGAAAGAUGAGCCAGUCAAUCCUAUCAAAUAUGAAGAAUUACCAACGACAAUAAGUGUUCCCACUGAAUCUCAAUCAUCACCGGUCAUUCAUUUUGCUAAUGCGAUCCGUCCUGGUCGCAAGUCACCAGGUCCACUCCCUCUGUCUCCUUCGACAACAUUCGAUUUCGAUAGCCAAAAACAAUACAAUGCACUUGGUAAUCGUCCACAAUCGACUCCACUCGCUUCACCAAUCGUGUGUCGACCAUUACCAGUGAAUGUUGUCGAGAAAGAACCACCUGUUGAGAUUCCUAUUGAAAAAAUUCCCGCGGAAAAACCAUGUAUAACACCUUUGAAAACAGCAGAUUAUUCAUCAUUUACUCGAAUUUCACCGUUGCAUCCAAUCAAAUCCAAGGUUCACUUUGAAGUUCGCCCUGACGAAGAAGAUGAACGAAACGAUCAAGAGGAGAUCAAUGAUCCUGAGCUACCAAAAACGAAUGAGGAUGACAUACCUCGGCCACCACCCCUCCUUGCACUUUCCCAAGCAAUCCGCAGGAAACAUCCUGAACGACUGAUUGACACUAAACUAAAUGAUCAAUUACCAUCAAUGAAAGACUUACCAAAUGCACCAGCAAACUAUUCCUUUGUUUUCUAUGAAUUCGAACCAACUCUAUUAGCAGAAGCAAAACGAUUGACACGUCGUAUGGGUGAUUGUUUUUCUUUCGACACCAUUGAUAUGACAACUACACAUGUUAUCAUACCAGAAGAUGAUCCACAAAUGAGAUUAACAAUUGAUUUUUUGCUUGCUUUAAUCUAUGGAUGUCGUAUAGUAACAUUCGAAUGGUUGAAAUGUUCAUCUCGUGUCGGCGAAUGGUUAAGUGUCAACAAAUUCGAACCUAAACAACUCUAUCAAACACAUUCAUCAUUGAACAUUUAUCGAAAAUCUCGGCAACAACAAAAACCUAUACAUCUAUUUAAAGAUUGUGGAUUGAUUUACCUUACAUCUAUUGCUAAGCAACGAUCAUUACUGCUCAGAUUGAUUUCACUAUUAAGCGGAAAUAUAACCGUUAGUCGUAAUUUGGCAAAGAUUGUUGUUGGACGCUCAUCAAAGGCAUUGCCAAUCAUAAUUUAUCCUCAAGUAACUGAACAAUGGGUUAUCGAUUCAGUUAAAGCAGGUGAAUGUCUUCCAGUUGAUGAUUAUCUCGUGGAAAAUAGUACUGAAUGA